CUUCAGGAGUUUUCAGCUUCAUUUACAAGGCUGCAACAACAAUCCUGUGCCUGCAAGGCUGAGUGCUCCUGGUGGUGUUAUCUCAACCUAUGAAACCCUCUAAUGCACGAAUGAGGUCUAAUCGCAGCGCUUAUGCAAGUCGCCAGAACUGUCAUUUGGCUUGCGCAGGGGUUGAAAGCCAACGGCACGAGGCUAACGACGCUGCUAAUGCACCUUCGCUGCGCCGUAUUGCUUCCUUAGCGUGCUUUUUGAAUUGCGUUAUCUCAGAGAAAUUGUCCGUUGGAAAGAGUCGGUGAAAGGCAGAUACUAUGCCUCUGUCUGGAACAAUCUCAUGAUAGGGUUAUAAUAUUCAAC